AGACGAUCCUCCACAGACCGGAUCUCAACGUCUGGCGGUGACGUCACCGACAGGGCGUGGCCAACAUUCCAACUGCCGUCUACUUUUGUCUGUACGUGGAGGAGGCAGGACGGCUGCGGACUGGACGCUGUCUGGAAUUUCAGGCGCAACGACAUCUCACCUUUCUCUGACUGACCACGUCAGGUCAAUCACAGAAAAAUGUCUGGAAAGAUAACAAAAGAGGAGAUGGAAGAGAUGAGGGAGAUCUUUGGGAGAAUUGAUACAAACAGCAAUGGAUUUAUCUCCGAUUGUGAAUUAAAAACGCUCCUUGAUGACGCCGGCUAUCCACAACCUGGAUACAAGGUUCGACAGAUCCUCCAACAGCUCGACCGCAACAAGGACAACAACAUCAGCUUUGACGAGUUUUUGAUGAUCCUCAAUGAACUGAGGGGCAGUGAAGUAGCAAAAACUUUCCGCAAAGUCAUCAACAGAAAAGAAGGCAUCCUCGCUAUUGGAGGGACAUCCGAGCUGUCGAGCGAAGGCACACAACACUCGUUCUCUGAGGAGGAGCGAUUCGCUUUUGUGAACUGGAUCAACACUGCGCUGGAAAGAGAUCCUGACUGCCAACAUGUCCUGCCCAUGGAUCACAGCACAGGCUCCCUCUUCUCGUCUGUCAGUGAUGGUAUAGUCCUCUGCAAAAUGAUCAACCUGUCAGUGCCAGACACAAUCGACGAGAGGACCAUAAACAAGAAGAAGCUCACACCAUUUACAAUACAGGAAAACUUGAACCUGGCCCUGAACUCUGCUUCUGCAAUUGGCUGUCACGUGGUGAACAUUGGUGCGUCAGACCUGAAAGAAGGGAAGCCUCACCUGGUGCUGGGCCUGCUGUGGCAGAUCAUCAAGAUUGGUCUGUUCGCUGACAUCGAGCUCAGCAGAAAUGAAGCACUGGCAGCAUUGCUGAGAGAUGGGGAAACCCUGGAGGACCUGAUGAAGCUGUCUCCAGAAGAACUGCUGUUGCGCUGGGCAAACUUUCACCUGGAAAACGCUGGCUGGCAGAAGAUCAACAACUUCAGCUGUGACAUCAAGGACUCAAGGGCCUAUUUCCAUCUCCUGAAUCAAAUCUCUCCAAAAGGCACAGAGGAAGAUCAGCCACGCAUAGACAUUGACAUGAGAGGCUUUGGGGAGGGAGACGACAUGAAGAGGGCAGAGGCCAUGCUGCAGCAGGCCGACAGGCUCGGCUGUCGACAGUUUGUCACCCCGGCUGACGUCGUCAGUGGAAACCCCAAACUCAACCUCGCCUUUGUGGCCAAUAUGUUCAACAAGUAUCCUGCGCUGACCAAACCUGAGAAUGAAGACAUUGACUGGGGACUUCUGGAAGGUGAGACACGAGAAGAGAGGACAUUCCGAAACUGGAUGAACUCUCUGGGAGUGAACCCACAUGUCAAUCAUCUGUAUGGAGACCUACAGGACGCCAUGGUCAUCCUUCAACUCUAUGAGAAAAUUAAAGUGCCCGUUGACUGGAACAAGGUCAACAAACCACCUUACCCCAAGCUGGGAACCAACAUGAAAAAGUUGGAGAACUGUAACCAUGCUGUGGAACUGGGCAAAAAUAAGGCAAAGUUCUCCCUCGUUGGCAUCGGCGGGCAGGACCUGAACGAUGGCAACCCUACCCUGACUCUGGCACUGGUGUGGCAGCUGAUGAGAAGAUAUACAUUGAAUGUACUGGAGGACCUGGGCGACGGGCAGAAAGUAAAUGACGACAUCAUCGUAAAUUGGGUGAACCAGACUUUGGCAGAAGCUGGAAAAUCAUCCAAGAUUUCGAGCUUUAAGGACAAGGAGAUCAGCAGCAGUUUGGCAGUUUUGGAGCUGAUAGACGCCAUCCAGCCCGGCAGCAUCAACUACGAGCUGGUAAAAACCAGCAGCCUCUCUGACGACGACAAGCUGGAAAAUGCCAAAUAUGCCGUCUCUAUGGCGAGGAAGAUCGGAGCCCGUGUCUACGCUCUCCCAGAAGACCUCGUGGAGGUCAAGCCCAAAAUGGUGAUGACAGUCUUCGCCUGCUUGAUGGGUCGGGGGAUGAAGAAGGCCAACUAAGACACUGGCACUUAUUGGGACACUUGCAUUUUGAAAAAGCUCCCCCAACUGAAGGAAUGAAGUGUUUAUUUUUCUUUCUUUUCUUUGAAUGAAGAUAACAUGACGGUAUGAAGUCAAAAUCAGAAAUUCGGCGUGAACGUUACCCUGCCUCAUUCGAGGUGUUAACUGAAGAAUCAUGAGCAGUCCACCUAUUUAAAGAAAGUCCACAAUGCUACAGCAUUUAAAAGAGAUGGAUCUCUUGUUACAGAGCACAACUUGUUACUUUCAACAUGCAGAAGUCUUGAUAAAUGUAUAAGAAUGCUGUUCUUUUUUUUUUUUCUAAAGCGAGUAUGCAUAUUUCCAGCUGCAAGGUUGUUUACAUAUUUUUUACUCAGACUGAUAAGUAAAUUAUAUCCUUGACCAAGCAACACAUUCCUGAAUACCAUACUUAUGAUUAAAUGCUUGACAAGUUUAAAAAAAAAGAAGAAAAAAAAGGAAAAACUGGAGGGAUGUUUAGGUGGAGCACAUGUCGGAAAAAACACCCAAACAUUCCCUCUCGCUUAGAGCAUGUCUUCAUAACUGGCACCAUAAACUUCUACAUAUCUGUAUACAGAAGCCAUACGGUCAGACUAUAGUAAUGACCAGCCUGAUGUGCCGUCUGUAUUCUUGUACUCGUCAUAUGUUUGUCUCAUGGGAUUAUUACGUGAGGUAAAUGCUGUUCUGGGGUGUCUAAUCUUUGUUGUAUUGGGGUUUUGUUUUUUUUUUUGUCUGUUACGUUGGAUGAGGAGCAGGCUGACUGGACUCUCCUGGCUUCUGCUGUGCCUUCCUCUUGUCUCAAAGACGAUUUGUACUCGCGCUUUGAGGAUUUCCCUUUUUUUUUUUUUUUUUUUUUUUCUAUUGUAUCCAACAGUACCAAAUAUAAACAGUUACUUCAUUCCAGGUAGUUUUCACAAUAUUCUAUGACAAGGGCUAAAUUGUAUUUGGUCUGUCGUCUACUCUUAAGUGCUUUACAUGUAACAAUAAAAUAAGAAUUUGAAAACUG